AUGACAAAUCUGAACGUUAAGAAAGCUCUUAUGUUGGUUGCAGACGGUUCAGAGGAAAUGGAGACGGUUAUACCCAUUGAUGUAUUGCGACGUGCACAAAUUGACGUGACUGUCGCCGGAAUUGCAUUACAAAAUGAAAAUUACGCAAAGUGCAGUCGUGGUGUUAUGAUUGUACCAGACCAAUCUUUUUCAAAUAUUUCCGAAGAAAACUUAUUUAAAAAAUGUAUCUAUGAUGUUAUUAUUAUUCCGGGAGGUUUAGCCGGUGCUCGAACUAUUUCAUCCAAUUCAGAGGUUCAAAGAUUGUUGGCUUCAGCGCAUCAAUCUGGCAAAUUUAUCGCUGCAAUUUGUGCUGGAACUAUUGCGAUUAAGAGCGCUAAUAUUAACAAGGGCGGCAAGAUUACGUCCCAUCCGGUCGUUAAGGCUGAUUUGGAAAAUGAUUAUGAUUACCAAGAAGAACGCGUUGUGGUUGACAAUAAGGUCAUUUCGAGCCGAGGACCAGGUACUGCAUUCCUUUUUGCAUUAACGAUUGUCGAACAACUUCUUGGUAAAGAAAAACGCGAUGAGAUAUCUUCUCCUAUGAUUCUCGCAUCAACUUUGUGA